AUGGGUUGUAUCAGCGAUCUACCCGAUGAGAUUGCAUGCCACAUCCUGUCCUUUCUCACGACAAGGGAAGCUGCUUUGGCUUCUGUUCUCUCAAAGAGAUGGCGGUAUCUGUUUGCUUUCACACCAAAUCUUCGCUUUGAAGAAAAAGACUUUGUCUAUCGAAGCUCUGAUGUUGACAUUCCAAGCAGUUUCAGAGAUUUCUUGGAUAGAGUGUUGGCUACGUCAGGCAAUUCCCCGAUAAAGAAAUUCUCGCUGAAAUAUCGAGACUCUGUUGUCUCAGAUCAUACUAACCGUUGGAUAUGUAACGUGCUGAGUCGUGGUGCCUUGGCUCGUCAUCAUCUUGACGUAAUCUCUAAAGGUCUGACUUCACUGCCUCUAGAGAUCUUCACUUGCAAGACACUCGUUAAACUGAAACUAGGAAGAGAUUUUGUUAUCGAUAUGAUUCCUGAGAAUGCUUCUCUCCCAGCGCUUAAGACUCUCUUCCUUGAUCGUAUUCGGACCUCUAAUCGUCACCGUUGCCCAUUUGAAGCCCUUCUCUCUGCUAGCCCUGUGCUUGAGGAAUUGGUGAUGCGUAACUUGUACUCAGUGGGCGGAACACAUUUCAAAGUUUCCUCCCGGACCCUUCAAAGACUUACUUUGCACUGUCCUUUGGUUUAUCGUGCUGCUGAAUCUAGUUCCCGGAUCAUUAGAUUUGAUACACCUGGUCUUGCCUACUUAGAUUACUAUGGUUAUGUUCCGAAAGAGUAUCUAGUUGUUAACUUGACUCCCUCGUUGAAGCUAAGCUUGACCAUAUAUGGUUACAAGGAAACAAUCCCAGUGUUGAAGAACCUACUUCACUUAUCUAUUACAACAACGCCUAACAACUGCUGGCGAGCCCUGCCAUUACUACUGAACAAGUCUCCAAAUCUAGAGACUCUUGUCAUCAAUGGUCCCUUGCACUAUGAAGGAUGUCCUUCUCUAUUUGAACAAAGGGAGUCUGUUUGCGAGUGCUUGUCAGGAUACUCUUGUCUAUUGUCAUGCACUGUGAAGAUCCUAGAGAUAAGCUUGUAUGGGAAAAUCGUUUUAGAACUGGAGCAGCUGAAACAUUUCCUAGAGAAAUUGUCAUGUCUUGAGCUACUCAAAGUUCGCUCUUGGGCAACAGAAGAAAACCAAAAGUCGCAACUGACCACAGAAGUGCUAAAUCUUCCCAGAUCGUCCAAGUGCGAGAUCCAGUUCGAGUUUAUUCCCUCCUAG